AGUUAAAACUAGUUAGAUUUUAUCUCUUGCACCCUUCCAGAACCUCAGAGCUGGUCACCCUCUCCAUUCUGAGGACAGCCUUGGGAUCUGCUUUUUUGCCCUCAUUCAGUGUAAUAGACUUUAAUUGAAAUCUUGUGUAUACUUGGACUGUUGUAUUCUUAAUUUGCAUUGACAGGUGCAUUAAUUCCAGCUUAAACCUCCUGCAGCACUUGAAGCCUGGUGAAACAAUCUGAUGGCAGCUCAGAUGACCAAUGCUCAUCGACGGUUCUUGCAGGUUCUGAUGUCUAAUGGGAUAACAGAAGGAUCAGAGGCCAGAAAAUUACACCAGCACUGCUGUGAAACUGAUAAAGUUUACUAUGCACACGAUAAACUGGACGAUUUCAUCAGCACUAUUAAUACCAACCUGCAGCCUUUGUUUAUGCAGAUCCGGAAAGGAAUAUCGGAAGACAAUGGGAGAGCACAUUAUGCUGUAGUGAAUUUGGCGGAAACUGAAGUAACUAAAAUGGCAUCUGACUAUACAGAAAUUGAAUUGGAAUUGUUCAGAAAAACAAUGGACCUAAUAAUUUUAUCAGAAAAUGGCUUUGCCUCAUCUACAGACAUUUUAAAUUUGGCUGACCAACUUAAGACAAAAAAAAUGAAGAAAAAGGAAGCAGAACAAGUGCUGAAAGUUUUUGUGGAGGAUAAGUGGCUCUCUGAGAAAAAUGGAGAAUAUACUCUGCAUACUCGUUGCAUAAUUGAGAUGGAACAGUACAUUCUCAGCAACUACCAGGAUGUGGCAAGGAAAUGUAACAUCUGUCACAGCCUCGCCAUCCAGGUAACGUCAUUUAUCACCUCAGCUAAGGACUUGCAUGGUCAUAGCUGAGGUUUGUGAUGCUUCCCCUAUGGUUUUUCUGUCUAGCUUUCUAAACCAGCAUGUUAGAGAUGAGCUCCUGAUGCUGAAAGAGGUUUAGCAGUGAGGUGUUAGCAGUGUCCUCUUUGGGCCUUGCCAAUAGGUGUCAUCGUGUGACACAUUCAUUCUUGGUUCUGGGAUUUUAAUUCAGCAAUUCUUUGUGUUUGGACCUCAGAAGGAACACGUGUGCUAUGUUGAGCAUGCUAAAGCACUGUGUUUUGAUAGCUGGGAUGUUACCCAUUCCAUCUUGCUUAAGUAGUUACAGCCUGGAUUCAUAUUCCAAAACUGCUACAUUUUCUUGCUCUGAGAGCCUGCAUCUUCUGAUCUGCCCAAAUAACAUGCUUCCAUAUUACUUUUUCCAUCCCAAUUAGUCUCCUUUAUUGCACUGAAAUUGUCAUCUUUCAAGCUAAAUUUUGUCCAUAUAGGGAAACAGUAUUUUCUCUU